CCGGUGACCCCACCCCUUGCUGGCGAGAGCCCUGGUGUUGGUGUCGGUUUCAGGGCCAGGCGCGCGUCCGCCUCCCGUCCGCGCCCCCGGGGAGGAAGAAGCAUGAUUUGCGUCCGCUUGCUUCCUGGAGGGGACUAUCCCGCUCGCCCCCCUCCUGCGCUCCUCCCUCCCUCUCCGGCUGCCCUGUGCGUAUUUGCGCGCGGAGGCUCGAGAGGUGAUGGUCAUAUAACUAUGCGAGCCAUGCUUCAGGGAGAAGGCCAGGGCGAACCGGCACGGGAAGGGUUAACUCCGAAGGGUGCAGAGCCUGGGAAGGACGCGCAGCCCAGCCGGGUAAGCCGGAGAGGAGGGCGAAGGGGGCAGGCAGUGGCCUCAGCCAGGACUAGCAGCUUGACCAAUUUGGAGAGGGCGGCGAGAGGUGGCUUUUUUUGUGCGUGACUCCGCGGUGAGCUGCGAGGCUGGCUGAGCGCACUCACAGUCGGUUCCAAGAGGGUUUCUAUAUUUGAGCAUUUAAAAGGGGUGGGAGGCGCUCCCGGGCCGUUUGCCUGCCAAAAGUCUAAGCCAGGCAGCCGGGGAGGGUGGCGCUUGACUUGCAGAGGCGGCACGGAGAGAUCCUUUUGCAAGGAGGAAGCGGCCAGGAGCAGAAUUUACCCAUGCGCGGUUGCAAUUCUCUUUUUAAUUCCGCGGGCUAUGAAAAGUAAAACGCGAGAGACUAGGCAAGGGGAUGCAGACAUAUACAGGUGAAACCAGCCUUGCCUCUCCACCGGAAAGUUUGCUAUGCGCUUGGAGGCGCCCCCUACCAACUCACAGGAAACGCAGUCGGGUUUUUCCUCCAGAUCUUCUUGCUGGAUGUCGUGCAGCUGGAGCCUUUCCAUGCUUCGCUGAUCCUUUUCCUGGGGAAAGCCUGGGAUGCUGUAGCCGACCCCGCCAUCGGAUUCCUGGUCAGCAGAAGCCCCCGCCGGAGUUGGGGCAAACUGAUCCCCUGGGUCGUCUGCUCCACGCCAUUCGGGGUUUUGUUCUACACCAUGCUCUGUGCUACCACGUCCCUUAUUCCUCGCUGACCAUGUUCCUAGGAGGGAGUCAGAUGGACCGCGACUCUGCGACCGCCUACAGGAUGGGAGUGGAGAUGCUGAGCACCCUGGUGGGAUCAGGAGUCCAGGGACAAAUCGUCGGGAGUCACCACGCCAGCAUGAGGAAGAGGUGCGACGUGGCGAAUGGCACCCAGGCAGGCAACAGCUCUAUGCUCCCGGACGUGCUGGAGAAUACGCGCACGGCGUAUGUUGUUGCCUCCCUGGUUCUUGGCUCCCUUUAUUUCCUCUCCUGCUUGGUCCUCUUCUUGGGAGUGAAAGAGCAGCCAGGACGAUACACCCCUUUGGGGAAGACCAGACUCCCAUUCUUUGCCAGUCUGCGGGCCGUCCUAAGCCACAGCUCAUACACCCGGCUCCUUGGAGGUUUCUUGUUGGCCUCGCUGGCAUUCCAGCUUGCCCAGGGAAUCUUUGCCUUCUUCUGCACUCACGCAGCUGGAUUGCCUGGCAGCUUCCAACAUCUGGUGCUCAUCAUGCUGGUGGUCGCCUGCCUCUCCAUCCCUGGCUGGCAGUGGUUCCUGGUAAGGUUUGGGAAGAAGAUGGCUCUCUUCAUAGGCCUCUCGCUGAUCAUCCCGUCUCUCAUUGUUAUCACGGUUGUGACCCACAACUUCCUGGUCUACGUCUUCAUGGUCGCCGUGGCAGGAAGCAGCCUCGCCGUCCUCUACUUGUUGCCAUGGUCCAUGCUUCCAGACGCAGUGGACGAUUUCAAGCUGCAGAACCCCGCCUGCCUCAACCUGGAACCUUUCUUCUACUCCUUCUACGUUUUCUUCAACAAGCUCGCAGGCGGCCUCUCCCUUGGCAUUUCCACCAUGAGUUUGCAUUUUGCAGGUUACAGAGCCACGGACUGCACACAUAACCCCCAGGUUAUCCUGACGCUGCAAAUUCUCAUGGCACCUGUUCCCAUCGCCCUGCUGCUCUCUUCCAUGGCCGUCUUCUUCUCCUACCCCAUCGACGAGAAGCGGAGGAAGCAGAUCAGAGUGGAAAUGGAGGUGACUGGCAGGCAUCAGGGUCAGACAGAACGCCCAGAAUCAGAGGCAAGUUAGUCUCUGGAGGGAAUUGAUUCACUCCCGGCCGUGAAGAAGGAGUCAUGUCUACUUGCGGGAAAGUUGCUGACCCGUCUUACCUCCAGUUGCAACACUACAAAGGACAGGUCUCUGGUGUCUUCCUUUUUUUCCAUCCGGGAGCAGCAGUGAAGACAUCUCGAGUGCUUGCGCAAAAUGCCAAAGAAAUCAACCCCACGGAGCUCAACAUUUUUGCAACAAUCUCUUGCCCAGGGUCAAAUCCCUGAGGAUGUGCUGAGGAUGGAACAAGCAGAGGCUUCGCUUUAAAAAACUAGAACGAACUUCUUCCUCAGGGGAGCAGGAACAAGCUGGUGGUUCUAGAAAUGAAGGAACCUUUAAUGUACAUUUAUGUAACAAAGAUCUCUUGCCUUGGAAAGAGAAUGGAUUGUGCUAUGAUUCAG